CAAAAGGCUGAAAGACUUCAGAUAAAGUAUUUUGAAAGUAGAAAAGAUGCGGAGUUGUUAAAAAAGGAGAUUGUUAAGAUAAUUAAUACACUGGAAUUAUUUUUACAGCCAUGCCUUUAUACGAAUUUUCUGUUCUUUUGAAAAUAUUGCCUCGAGCAGAGGUUGCUGCUGCUCUGAAGAGAAUUGGAACUCUUUUGCUGGAUAAAGGUGUAAUUAUACGAAAAUUAGAAAAUCAUGGAACAAAAGAUUUGCCUUUUAGAAUGACAGAGGAAGGAAAAGCAUACACCAGAGGCAGUUAUUUUAUAUUCAAAACAGUGGCUGCUCCAAGAAUAUUUGAAGAAAUAGUAAAUGAAUGUAAACAAGAUGUAGAUUUGCUGAGGCACGGUUUUUAUUGUGUGCCUACAGACGUACCUGAAUGCACUUUACAAGAAGAAAUGCAACCUCCUGCACUGCGAAAGAGUGUUCAACAGCUACUGGAAGAUGGUAAAAAGCAUAAAGAUCAAACAAAACGUAUUUACAGGCAUAUCAUACAUCACACAUAUUAUCAUGAUUUUAUGUAAUUCUAAUAUUUACUUUUUAUAUUAGCUAGCUAAAAAUUGUGGACAGUUUAGAGUAAAUUUACGAGUAAAUUUUAUAAGGUUAAUGUUAUCAUUAAUAAAAUUUAAAAUUGGAAUCUAAUAUUGUA